UCAACGAAGCACAAUCCAUGUUACAAAUUGUUCUUCCAUAAUUCGCUUGUAGUAGCUUUUUCCACCAGACUAAGUAAAAUUUCAAGAUCUUACAAUUAGCAGCUUUAAAUAUGGAGGAAUGUUCUAUAUUUGGCUGUAAAAAAAGCAAAUGGCUUGUGGUCUGUAAGGGUAAACAGGAGAAUACAGGGUGUGCUUUGCACUGGUAUAGGACAGCGAUGCAUUUUUUUUGUUGUUGCAUUUUUCUAACUGUAUUUUUAACUUUGUCAUGUUUCUGAUGUCUAGUUUUCUGGAAUUUGAACAUGUAUCAGUAGGCUGUGUGCAAUCUGCUCUGUUUUGACUGUUAACUGGGUUAUUUUACUUAAAUUUGAAUAGAAUAAGAUUAGUUUUAAGGGGAACCCACUGCUAGAUUUUGUUCACAUAUUAAUCUGUAUUUGGUUGUGUACAGGAAUAUAGUGUCCACAGCAAAACCUGGCAUGUCCUCUAGACCUGAAAGCCAUUGCCCUUCAAGGUCAAAAUGCUGAGUACAAUCCAAAGUGAGGAGCAGUCUCACCUUGCUGCAAGGAAGUAUGUCCGGGUGGUACAGAAGGUUGGCUUCCCAGGCAAAUUUCUGGUCGGCAGUUGUGAUGUGUGUUUCCCCAUACAGUUGGAGUGCCUGGAACUGGCUCACAAACAGUUCAGCAGAUAUGAACCCGAAUUGGUUCCUGAUUUGAUCUACCGAAUGGUGAAGCCACGGAUUGACCUUGUGAUAUUUGUGUCUGGAAAGGUUGUUCUUACAGCGAGAUCCACGUUGAUGUUUGACAAGGUUGGAGUGGGAAAACCUGAGUGUCCUGCACACAGCCCUGACCCUGAGCCCGGAGGCACUUGAGCACUGACUACCCUCAGGGUGAACUGGAAUGCUGUAUGCACCCUAGUGCCUGAUGUCCCUGAUUCCUUCAGAAACACUACCUUUCAGAAGAGUUGUGUUAAUUAUAACAGCAAAAUAAAAGACUCUCUAAAUCUU